GGAAUAAUACAAGCAAGGGAACCGUUUCAGAGGCAAUCCCACCCACUACUACUACUAGGAAACUGGAACCUUUGCUUGGUUUUUCGUCAGUUCUUGGUUUGUUGUGAAUCGUCUCGGUUUUUAUGUAACUUAACUACUACCCUACUACCUACUAUGCCGUUAUACGAAUUAUCGAUGAUAGUCAGGAGUAUGCCGAAGGCUGGACUCAUUAAGACUGUACAGAGAAUAUCAGAAAAUAUUCUUGACCAAGGAGGAUACUUGCGCAAAAUUGAAAAUUUAGGAAAUCGAGUACCAUAUAGAAUGAGUGCACAUGGUCGCAUGCAUACAAAGGGAAGUUAUUUUCUUAUUCAUUUUGAUGCUCCUCCUGCUACCAUUGACCCCAUCUGUGACAAUUGCAAUCGAGAUAUUGAUCUUGUAAGGCGGUUUUUACAGAAAGUAGAGGAGCCGCCUACUUUUCAGUGUACAAGGCAUGAGGAAAUUAAACCACCAGCAUACAGGUGAGUAUUGUUUUGAGAUCUGGUGUACUGUACGUACACUUUCUAUCCAUUUUUUCUGUUCAUAUUCCAGUAAGAAUUCAUGCUGCACUAAAGCACCGUUUAAGUCUUUGUUAAUCUUGGACUAAAUAAGUAUAAGUAAUAGGGUAAACAACCAAGUGGACUAGCUGUGGCCACCUUAACUGUGUUCGAACCCACCUUCAGAAAAAGUACUUUAACACAUCCUGACCUGUGGAGACGGGUACCAGUCACGAGUCAUAGGUCGUGGGAGCAGCACCUCGACACCUCUACUUUCCUCUCGAAGUAAGUGUUUUCUCCCAAAGUACAAUAUAUGGUCAUAAUUUAAGAUUAAACAGGUUAAUGAAAGUCUAGCCAUGUGCAGUGCAAACUUCCCUCCAUGAUGCUUUUAAAAUUUUUACUUAAAACACCUUACGUGUAGAAGAUUGAUGCCAUCUCGAUGUUUGCAGAGUCACUUGUGUUAACCCUUUAACGCCGAUUGGACGUAUUAAACGUCGAUACAAAUUGUCUGUUGGGUGCCGAUUGGACGCAUGGUACGUCGAUAUAAAAAAGUUUUUUAAAAAUUCGCGGAAAAAUAGUUAUACGCCUACUAGGCGAAAACUUUUGAAUCACGCACCUUGGGGGAUGCUGGGAGCUCACGAAUUAAGGCGCUGUUUUGAUUACAAUCGUUACCCAGGCGCGCAAGCGUGAAUUUCUUUUUUCGUGCACUAAAAAGUAUCAGCGACACAUCUCAGAAAUUAUUUCGUCACUUUGACAUAAUUUUUGCACCAUUUUAUAUUAGCCGUUACAUGGAGUAUUAUAUAUGAAAAUGUGCGCAAUUUCAUGUAGAAUACAACUAAAAACAAUUCAUGGCUGUAGCUUC